AUGCUCUUGACAGAAUCGCGCCAGCUGAAGGACCCAAAGGAGAGGCUCUAUAUCGUCAUGAGUGAGUGCUUUGCGUAUAAGUCGCAAGCGGAGACGUUGACACCUGGUAGUGCCGAGGGCCCAGACGACAUGCCUGCCCACAUCAAGUCUGCACUCAUUGGGGCGAGCGUGACUAUUCCCAUUAAGGAUGGAAAACUUGCUACAGGGACUUGGCAGGGAAUCUGGUAUCUCGAGUUCCGCGCCGCUCGCCAUCAGAGACGGGUCAUCGCAACUAUCCAGGGGGAAAAGGUUUGA